CCUCUCGGCCGGCCCUUGCCCGCCGCCGCCACCCUCGCCAUGGCCUUGGUGCGGGGCGCCGAUCCGGUGGCGGGGCCCUCCCGCUGGCUGCCCACGCACGUCCAAGUGACGGUGCUGCGGGCCCGCGGGCUGCGGGGCAAGAGCUCGGGCGCGGGCAGCACCAGCGACGCGUACACGGUGAUCCAGUUGGGCCGCGAGAAGUACAGCACGUCGGUGGUGGAGAAGACGCACGGCUGCCCGGAAUGGCGCGAGGAGUGCUCCUUCGAGCUGCUGCCCGGCGCCCUGGACGGCCUGCUGCGGGUGCAGGAGGCCGACGCGGGCCCAGCGCCCUGGGCCGCGGGCCCCGCCACCGCCUGCGAGCUGGUGCUCACCACCAUGCACCGCUCGCUCAUCGGCGUCGACAAGUUCCUGGGCCAGGCCACGGUGGCGCUGGACCAGGUCUUCGGCGCAGGCCGCGCCCAGCACACUGAGUGGUACAAGCUGCACUCCAAGACGGGCAAGAAGGAGAAAGAGCGUGGGGAGAUCCAAGUCACCAUCCAGUUCAUGCGCAACAACCUGAGCGCCAGCAUGUUCGACCUGUCCAUGAAGGACAAGCCGCGGUCCCCCUUCAGCAAGCUCAAGGACAAGAUGAAGGGCAAGAAGAAGUUUGACCUGGAGUCGGCCUCCGCCAUCCUCCCCAGCAGUGCCCUGGAGGACCCCGAGCUGGGCAGCCUGGGCAAGAUGGGCAAAGCCAAGGGCUUCUUCCUCCGGAACAAGCUGCGCAAGUCGUCCCUGACCCAGUCUAACACGUCACUGGGGUCCGACAGCACCCUGUCCUCAGCCAGUGGGAGCCUGGCCUACCAGGGGCCUGGCGCCGAGCUCCUCACCCGCUCGCCCAGCCGCACCAGCUGGCUGUCCACUGAAGGGGGCAGGGACUCUGCACCGUCCCCCAAGUUCACACACAAAAGGACCUGCAGCGAUGAGGCCAGCCAGCUGCGGGCAGCUCCGCCCCGGGCCCUUGACCUUCAGGGCCACGAAGCGACCUCCCGAUCCUCCCUCUGUGUGAACGGGAGUCACAUUUACAACGAGGAACCCCCAGAGCCCCUGCGGCACCGAAGCUCCAUCUCGGGCCCCUUCCCCACCUCCAGCUCCCUGCACGUGGUCUCCUCCCGGCCCUCUGAGGAGGGGCCCCGGGCUGCCAACGAGGUGGGGGUCAGGGGCAGCCGCAGCACCAGCAGCUCGGAGGCAGUGCCAGGACCGGGACCAGAGGAGCUGAGCUUGCAGCCCAGAGUGCUGGCUGUGGGGGCUGGCCAAGCGGGCGAGGAGGAGGAGGAGGGGGCCCGGCUUCCAGAGGGAAAGCCAGUCCAGGUGGCCACCCCCAUGGUAGCCUCCUCAGAGGCUGUGGCCGAGAGAGAGGGAUCCCGGAAGGAGGAGCGGAAGCCCCGGAUGGGCCUCUUCCACCAUCACCACCCCAGCCUGAGCCGGAGCGAGUUGGGGCGACGUAGUUCACUGGGUGAGAAGAGCGGUCCCACCCCAGGGGCCUCCCCACACCACUCAUCCAGCGGGGAGGAGAAGGCCAAGAGUAGCUGGUUUGGCUUGAGAGAGGCCAAGGAGCCAACUCAGAAACCCAGCCUGGACGUGUCUCCUCAGGUAGAACCUGGCCCGGCCGCUCUUCCUCACCACCUCCCCCGCUCCCCCUGUGCUCCGGCCCCUGCUGCUCCUGCUCCCAUGCUAAGCACUAACCUUUCUGCAGCCGCCUCCCCUGCCGCUGCCACUGCUGCCGCCACCACCGCCACCCCCGAAGCCGUCCCGCCUGGAGCUUCGGGGUUCACCAACCCGUUCCUCUCCUCCCUGCAGAACAGCCCCUUCUUCAAUGAGCUCCUAGCCCUCCGAAUACUAAACUGCCCUUCACCUGCCCCCUCUCUCCCCAGUGCCUCCAGGGCCAGCCCCACGCCCCUGGCCUCCCCAGGGAAAACCCUGCCUGAGGGGGACGACACCUUCAACGUCUUUGCUGCCGACAGGCUGUGUGCAGAGGCCAGGAGCGAGAGCCGGGGCCCUGCAGGAGUGGGGCUGGAGGCAGCUGGGCUGCAGGCGCCAGGCCCCGGGGCCGUGGCUGUGGCCUUGAAGGCAUCUGAGCCCCAGGGAGCCCCUGAAGGAGAAGGAAGAGAUGGUAGCCAUGUGUGGCCGGAGCCCAUGAUGCCUGUGGACCUGGGACUGGACCGUCCGAGCACAAGUGGGGCCCCACCGGUGCCCCUUGGCCUGGAAGGGGCCGGCCUGCCCGCUGCAUCAUCCUCCGCUCAGUCGGAGCCAGGCAGGGAGCUCCUGCCCCCGGGAGGGGGUGCAGGACAGAGCCCAGCGGACAGUGCCACGUCCCUGUUCAGCUCCCCAGAAGUGAUCAGCCUGUGGGAGCGGCUGCCCGGCCCGGAAGACACCCCAGAGGGCCAGGGGAACGGAGAGGCCUCGGGAAGUGAGAGCCAACUUUUCCAGGAGCUCAGUUCAGCCAGCGAUGCCUGGCCUUGGGACGUGGUCACCGUUUCUCCCGCCCCCGAGCCAUCCUCGCCAGUCCUGCCUGGAGAGCUGGGUGCGCUGCCUCCCUGCCAGGUGCAGCCAGAGCCACCAGAACCCGGAAGUCCACCAGGCCACCAGCCAGCCACGGAGAAGGUGUCAGAGGAGGGGCUGCCGCCUCCCAAGCCCCCACGUCUCUUCAUACCGGGACAUCCCCGGGAGGAAGAGGAGGAGGAAGAUGAGGAGGAAGAGAAGGCUGCAGGGAGGCUGUAUAACCGGGGGCCAGAGGCAAGGGAAGAUACCUUCCUGAGCACGCUGGCUCCUGUGCCCCCAGAGGCCACAGAGGAGGGAGAGAAGCCCAAGUCGGAGUCUGACAGCCACUCUUCUGAGACAGUGCUGGGCGAGCCAGGCCGGGAGGAUGCCAGCCCCCCUGUGCCAGGGUCCUGCCUGUCUCUGCCCACCAGUUGUCCCGAGGGCCCUGCGCACCCACCCUGCUCAGAUGGCUUGGCUCUUGAGAGUCCUCAGAUCCCGCAGGCUCCAGAGAGAGGAGAAGCCCCCGGGGCUCCUGGGGCCCAGAGCCAGGGACCAGCAGGAGAGGAGCUUAGACCUCUGUCAGUCAGCUUCCAUCCGACUGACGUGUGGGCCUCGGAGGAGGGUGCUCUGAGCCCCUUCUUGUCUCAGGGGAGCCGAGACCCCCCCAGCUUCCCGUCCUCAUCUCCUCCAGGGUCCCAGGACUCUUCUAUCCACUCUGGUACAGAAGAACUGCCCACCCCGCCGGAGCCUACCUUCCCACCACCCCCUCUCCCACCCUGGGCCAGCCACCUCCACGCGGCGUUCAGCCCGCCGUGUGCCUCUCUGCCAGGAGCCUGGCCCCCGGCCUCUUCCUCUCCAGCCCUGGGGGGGCCAGCCUCGCCCCCAGGACCCUUUGAGCCCUCCCCUACUGAGGGCUCACCCACCCCCCUCAGGGAGGACCACGCUGCAGCCACCCCAGCCUCCCCGCUUGUGCUUCUGCCCUUGGAGACACGCCUAGUUGAGGAGCCACAGCCCAGUGCCAGUCCCCACCCUGUGAAGCCCCUCAGUGCUGCCUCCGUGGAGGGCAGCCCCGACAGGAAGCCGCCCCGCUCCAGUCUGAGCACAGCCCUGAGUAGUGGCCUGGAGAAGCUAAAAACAGUCACUGGCAGUGUUCCGCCCGUGGCUCCUGCCUUCCAGGCUGCGGAGGCCAAGAGGCUGAAGGACUCAGGUGCCCUGGACCAGUCUGCCAAGUACUACCACCUGACGCACGACGAGCUGAUCAGCCUGCUCCUGCAGCGGGAGCGGGAGCUGAGGCAGCAGGACGAACACGUGCAGGAGCUGGAGAGCUACAUUGACCGGCUGCUGGUGCGCAUCAUGGAGUCCUCGCCCACCCUGCUGCAGAUCCCCCCUGCAGCCCCCGAGUAGCCCUGCCUCCCGCGCUCACGCUGACCCGGGGCAGGGUGCGGCACCCUCCUCACUCCCUGCUCCCCUCUCCCUCCUGCUUCCACCAGAGCUGCUGACCUGACAGGGUGCCCUUUGGACUCCUGUUGUGGGGCACCGGGCUCCGUGUACAACUUGUGGAUCUCUGGGAGCCCUGAGUCAUGCCAUGUAGCUUUGGGGGGGCCCAGGGAGUGAACCCCUCAAGAUAAGCCAGCGGUGAGCUGCAGUGCAGCAUGGCAGCCUGGGGCCAGGCUGGUUGCUGACACGUAACUUUAUACCUCUUGAAGAUGCUCAGCCAUUCCGUCCGCCCCACCCCCCACAACGCCCAUCUUUUUUACCCCCUGCCCCCGCCCAGCUUCUAAGGGGGCUCUCAGUAUUGCCAGACUGGGGCAGGCACCGAGCUGCCAUCUGUCUAGUGCGAACAAGAGGCCUGUGUGGGCAGGUCUGGUCUCUGCCACGUCCUGAGUCUGGGUCUGUCACUAACCGAGUAAGGAGCGGAGCUGUGUGAUGGUGUGCACUGUUCCCUGCAUCCCCUCUUCUGACCUCUCAUCCAGUGUCACCUGGAAAUGUGUGAGGAGAAGGGCUGGUGGGGCACCCACCACACUCCCAGGUGGGGCCCCUCCAGGGCUCAGGGCUCUGGGGUUAGGCCUCCACCGUGUUCGCUCUGCCCAGCCAGAUGCCAAAACUCUGCUCUGCUGCAAGCUCUGAACUUUUGGAAACCAUUGACAAUGUGCCUUUUGUGGAGGGGUUAGGAGCCCCUCCCCUUCUUGGCAUCUCCCCUUCCAGUUGAGCACCUUUUGGACUUGGAUCUGCCCUGGCUGAGGUGGAUGGGCAGUAUCAUGAGAGUUCCCACCCUGCUCCCCAUACCCUUAGGGUUAAUUCCAUUUAAGGGUCUGGCCAAGCUGCUGCUGCUGCCCCCUCCAUCACCAUCACCCCCAUCCCCACCCCCCAGCUCCCGGCUGGCUGCCUUCAAUCCCCAAUUAGCGAGGCCUGGGAUCAAAGUGAGAGGUCCCAUUCUGCCUGUGGGAGACAGCUAUUGGAAUGAAAACAUUUUUGGCCUGCCCAUCCAUUCUCUGAGCUGCUGCCACAGGUGCCCCUUCUGCCCCUCGGUCUUGCCUGCAGUGCCCUGUGAAAUAAAGUGUUAGUCUUUUGGCCUAGCACCCAGUUUGCUUGCAGAAAACAUGACAGGCUUCCCCAGGGUACCUGCAGGCUUGGGUACUCUGUCCUAGUGUGUGAUUGUCAGGUGGGGUGUGGGACAAGAACGUGCUGAGGGGAGGUGCCUCCCAGGGAGGAAGUGAGAGCAGGGCUGGGGGGUGGGGGACACUGUCAAAGCCUUGGGAGGAGAUGUGCUCUGGGUGGUGUCUGUCUUCUGCAGCCCGACACAAGGGGACAGCCCCUACACACCACUCAUCCAAGCUGAGAGAGGAAGGACUGGCGGUGGCCGGGACUGCCAUCUCUUUGAGGGGGUAGGGGGGAUACAUUGGGGUUGGAAAAGUAUUUAUGGGGGGUGGGGUUUACUCCCCUGUUUGGUAUCCCCUGGGUAUCCCCGACUCCGAUUUCCCAGAUACUUUUGACUAUGGGCCUCCCGCCUGCCCAGGGCAGAGAUGUCUGUGGGAAAACAUUGAGUUGUAGCCCAAGGUUCCUGUUCAGUUGUCUCUGUUUCCGGACCCCCAUCUGAGAAGAGCUGUAGAUGAAGUGGGUGGGGAGCAGGCACCCAUCUGCUUUGCUGUUUGUCUUCCUGGUUGUAACUCCUGUCCAUAAAGAGCUUGUUCUUCAAUGUUUCCAGCACUUUAUGAAGAAUAAAAAAGUUCACAUACGG